AUGUCGGUCAGGUACCACUGCUCCCACCUGGCCGACCCCGCUCCGCCCCUUCCACCGAGCUACGCCUCCUCCUCGUCCUCCUUCAACCCCCUCGGCGAGCUCUACUUUUGUGAAGAAUGCGAUGCGGUCCGAUGCGACCUCUGCUGUGUCUCUGAGAUCGCGAGCUACUUUUGUCCGAACUGUACCUUUGAUGUACCGAGUGCGAACGUUCGAGGGGAUAAGAACAGAUGUGCUCGGAGCUGCUUCUCUUGUCCGGAUUGCACGACGCCACUCCAGGUACAAGCUACCGGGACGACGGAGGAUGCGGGGCCUUCAGCCCCAAGUGGACCGCCUUUUAUCCUCAUCUGUCCGUGUUGUCGGUGGAGUAGCCGCGAGGUGGCAUUGGAGUUUGAGAAGAGUGCGGGUCUAGCUCUCCAACUCCAAAAGCUACUCUCCGCCAAAGACCCCGCUCAACCCGAAUUCGACGCCCUCAAGGAUCACCUCGACACGUACAUCACCUCCCCCGCGCCCGCUCCUACCCCCGCCCGCUCAGCAAGCAAGCAUCCCACCCGGCACAUAUCGCAUUUGACACAAAUGGCAGCCAAGGCGCUGCAUCGGGAUGUACCGGGUAUGGCUGCUGCAGGGGCUGUAGCCAAAAGCGGGCUGAGGCGGGAGAUGAAGGGUGGAGGGGAGCGGUAUGGCUGGGAUGAGCUUGGAGAGUAUGGAACGAAAGAGAGCUGGAGGGCGAGGGGUCUGGAGAGGGGUGAUGAGGACGUAGAGGCUAUGCGAAGACUUGGUGGGAUUCGGAUGGGUGUGGAACCGGAGGGGUCAAGCUGGUAUAACGAUGGGAAGAGGCGACUGACAAACAGGUAUCCCGAAAGAAUACCGCUCCAGACCAAAUUGACCAAACGCUGUCCUCACCCUGCAUGCCGCCACCUCCUCAUCCAGCCAGACACGAAAAGUACCCGCUUCAAGAUCAAGAUGGUCGCUGCGAAUUAUCUGCCAGUUGUGGAGAUUGGCCGAAGGCGCCGGCGAAUUGACGGGGGUGGUCAUGGCUUGAUGUCUACGGGAUCGAUGGAAGAAGCAGAGGUUCGGCGGAAGGAGCGAAGACGGCUCAGAGGGAGAGGGGAGGAAGUGGAUGAGGAUAUGGGCGCGCCAAUACGGCCUGGAGAGGUAUACACUUUCCAAAUAGCAUUCACGAACCCCCUGUACGACCCCAUCCAAGUCCGCCUCACCCAGCCUACCGCCCCUCUCCCUGCACUCCUUCCCGCGAACCACUUGAUUCACAUUCCCACUCGAGACUUUAUCGUCAAUCCCCUGAAAGACGCUUGGUCAUACGAUGACGAGGAAGAGUACGCCGAUAUGGAAGGUACCGAGAUGGGUACGAGCGAGGACGGGUCGUCUGUCCUUCCGAGCAGCCGAGGGACGCUUGGUCCAGCUGCAGGGAAGAGGAGCAGGCUGAGCGUUCUAGCUACGUCGAGUGGGGGUACGUUGAGGGAUAAAGAACGGAGGAAGAGGGAGAGUGAAGUGGAUAAGAAGGGAAACUGUACGAAGGUGGGCGUGGAGGUGGAGAUUCUGCCAGGGGCGACGGGAGAAGUGGUAUUUGACCUUGAGGUUCGCUUCACAUACCGCGUCGACGAUACCGAUGGGAGUAAACCGAAAGGAGCAGAGAAGGAAACGCAGAAGGGCAAGGAAGAGUACAAGCACUUUACUUUCUGGGCGCGGGUGGAUCUAGGGUGUAUCUCGCCUUAG